AUGUCAACUGCCGUACAAUCCACUACUCAGAGCUCCCCUGCUGUUCAACAAACUCCCGUGACCGGGCCUCAGUUAUCAGUCGAGCAACAACAACAGCAAAUUGCUGCUGCUCAGGCUCAAGCCGCUGCCGCUCAGGCCCAGUUUGGAACUCCUCCGGCUCCCCAAGCUUCAGCUUCGCUUUAUGUUGGUGAGCUGGAUCCUUCAGUCACUGAGGCUAUGUUGUUCGAAAUGUUCAAUAUGAUCGGUCCAGUGGCUAGUAUUAGGGUUUGCAGAGAUGCCGUUACUAGAAGAUCGCUUGGAUAUGCUUAUGUGAAUUUCCAUAAUGCUGUCGAUGGCGAAAGGGCUCUCGAAACCCUUAAUUAUACUUUAAUCAAAAACAAACCAUGCCGUAUCAUGUGGUCUCAGCGUGACCCUGCGCUGCGCAAGACAGGAACCGGAAACAUUUUCAUCAAGAACCUCGACAGGUCAAUUGACAACAAGGCUCUGCACGAUACCUUUUCUGCAUUUGGAACUAUCCUGAGCUGCAAGGUUGCCAUGGAAGAUGGUGUUUCAAAGGGAUAUGGCUUUGUGCAUUACGAAACUGCUGAGGCUGCUGAGACUGCUAUCAAGCAUGUUAAUGGCAUGUUGUUGUACGAUAAGAUAGUUUACGUUGGCCACCACAUUCCUAAGAAAGAACGCCAAUCCAAACUAGAAGAAAUCAAGGCCAAAUUCACCAAUGUUUACGUAAAAAAUCUCAGCCCCGAAGUGACUGUUGAAGAACUUGAAGAGCUCUUCAAGGCAUAUGGUGCAAUCACUUCUGCUGUAAUCCAAACUGAUGAACAGGGAAACUCUAAAGGCUUUGGUUUCGUAAACUUUGAAAACCAUGAACAAGCAGCCGAGGCGGUGACCGCUCUCCAUGAUUCUGAUUACAAAGGCAAAAAGCUUUUCGUCUCACGUGCUCAGAAAAAACAUGAACGCGAAGAAGAAUUGCGCAGACAGUACGAGCAGGCAAAGAUGGAAAAACUUAACAAAUACCAGGGUGUUAAUUUGUAUAUCAAGAAUCUAGAGGAUGAUAUCGAUGACGAAAAAUUGAGACAAGAAUUCUCAGUAUAUGGGUUGAUUACUAGUGCUAAGGUUAUGAAAGAUGAAAAGGGCACGUCAAAGGGUUUCGGAUUUGUGUGCUUUUCGUCCCCCGAUGAGGCUACUAAGGCUGUAACUGACAUGAAUGGACGUAUGAUUGGUACCAAGCCCAUUUAUGUUGCCCUUGCACAGCGUAAAGAUGUUAGGAAAUCUCAUCUGGAAGCUCAAAUUAAUCAGCGGAACCAAAUUCGCAUGCAACAGGCCGCUGCUGGAAUGACCGGCGGUCCCGGUUACUUCGCACCAAACAUGUUCGCUCCUGCCUUGUAUGCUCCACAAAAUCAACGCGGUGGUGUUGUCUUCCCACCGCAACCAGGCAUGGUCCCUCCGCCAGCUCCACGACCCCGCUGGUUCGCCGCUCAGCCACAAAACUCGUAUGUUCCACAAUCAAUGGGUAUCCAGAACAAUUCUUCCGGUCGCGGUCGUAAUCAAACUCGCUCAGGUGCUCCGCCGCGUGGUGGACCCAACAAUCAGGGUCGCCCUCAAGGGACCACCACGAGCCAACCGAAUUCUACCGGACCAAAUUCACGUUUAACGACCGGCCGUGCGAAUUUCAAGUUUAAUUCUCAAGCGAGAAAUAAUGGGCAAGCUAACCAACAGGGUGGCUCAUCUGGGACUACUGUUCCACCGGCUAUGAGUGCUGCAGCACUCGCUUCAGCGCCGCCGGAACAGCAGAAGCAGAUGCUUGGUGAACAGUUGUUCCCGAAGAUCACUGCUAGACAGCCUGAAUUGGCCGGAAAGAUUACGGGAAUGUUGCUGGAAAUGGAUAAUGGCGAACUGUUGCAUUUGUUAGAAAGUCCCGAGGCACUCGAGGCAAAGGUUGAUGAAGCUGUAACUGUCCUUCGACAACAUGCGAUGACUAGUGGCGGUGACGAGAGUAGCGGAAAUUAG